AGCGGUUCUGGGGGAAAAAAAAAAAAAAAAAACGUUAUCAACCUUAAAUUUUGCUGCUACAAAUAACUCAUUUACUGAAAAUUAACACUUUAUUCCAUUUUGAAAUUUAAAAAAGUUUGGGAAAGUAUUUCUGGUUGCACUACGGGACGUAUUUAUGGUUGCAACUUCCUGUUAUUCCUACGGCGUAUUUCCAUUGGACAGAAAUUUCAGUCAAUUCUCCCUCCCCCACGAUACUACAGUAAGCCACGGAAUGGUAGCUUCUGAUUGGACGCUGAAAUGCAGCUGUGCUGCCGGGCCGCUGGUGUCCUCGAGCACGCAGGAAGUGUCCUUGUAUGGCUCGCGGGGAGAUUCGCGUCCACUUCCGGUCGAACUGGGUGUGUAACCGAGGGCGGACCGCUGAACUCCUCUGACUUUUUGUAAACAGUUCGGCGGUUUAACCGUGUUCGUCCGACUUUUUGGCGUGUGGUACCUGGGGACGAGAUCAUGUCCAAGUCUUUGAAGAAGAUCGUGGAGGAGAGCAGGGAGAAGAACGUCCCCGAGGUGGACAUGUGUGACCGCGGCAUCUCGAACCUCUUGGACAUCCCUGGAUUGUUCACCCUGUCGCACAUCACCCAGCUGGUUCUGAGUCACAACAAACUGUCGACUAUUCCUCCCAACAUUGCUGACCUGAAGAACUUGGAGGUCCUGAAUGUCUUCAAUAACCAGAUCGAGGAGCUGCCCACCCAGCUCAGCAGCCUGCAGAAGCUCAAGCAUCUCAAUCUGGGGAUGAAUCGGCUGAGCUCCCUCCCACGUGGGUUUGGUUCCCUCCCCGCCCUGGAGGUUCUGGAUCUCACCUAUAACAACCUGAAUGAGUCGUCUCUGCCCGGAAACUUCUUCUAUCUCACCACGCUGCGCGCGCUCUAUCUCAGUGACAACGACUUCGAGAUUCUGCCCCCCGACAUCGGCAAGCUCACCAAGCUGCAGAUCCUGAGCCUGAGGGACAACGACCUUAUCUCCCUGCCCAAAGAGAUUGGGGACCUGGCCCAGCUGAAGGAGCUGCACAUCCAGGGCAACCGGCUGACUGUACUUCCGCCUGAGCUCGGUAACCUGGACCUCACAGGGCCCAAGCAGGUUUUCAAGGCGGAGAAUAACCCCUGGGUGACACCCAUCUAUGACCAGUUCCAGCUGGGCGUGUCCCACGUCUUUGAAUACGUGCGCUCGGAGACCUACAAGUACCUCUACGGCAGGCACAUGCAGGCCAACCCGGCACCCCCCAAGAAGAGCAACGACAAGUCCAAGAAGAUCAGCCGCAAACCCCUGGCGGCCAAGAACAAGUGAAGAAGAGGAGUGAUUUCAUCCCGCCGACAAACCAGGAUUCCUGUGCACGAGCUCUUUCCCUCAGUUAAACGCACAUGUGUUGUAUUUCCACUCCUCGUAUCACACUUGUCCCCCGACCCCUUCCUGGACAACCUGAAGUGCUGACUAGAAACCUUUUAAGAUGUUCUGCUUGGAGUUUCAGCCUACGGGUCACCUGACCACUUGUCCGCUACGCCUGCCCCCCCCCCGGCUGUCAUCUACGAAUUGAGCCUCGUCCCCAGCCUCCUGCUGUCAGUCAGAGCCAGCUGUCUCUGUGGUCGGAGCGCUAUGGUCCCAGAGCCGCGGGGCAGCUGGCGUCGGGAUGGGCUGACCGGCCGCCUGGCCUGGGCCGCCUACUUCUCUGUCUCAAAUCCUGGAGGGGAACAUCACUCAUUGUGUCUUUUUUUUCCUUUUAAUUUUAAAGACAAGUUACAAACUGUUACGAUUCCGGCGUUUCACAGCAUGGAACAACCCAGUGGCCCUUCAGAGAAACACACACACUGUAUUAGUCCAGUGCAUUUCGAGUUACUGUAUACUUUGGAAAAUAUGCCACGUGGAGGUUUUUAUAUAAAUAUAUAUAAUGUAUUGACCAUUGUUUAAAUUGUAUUUGACCAAGUCUUUAUUUUUUCUAUAAAACAUUUAUAACCAUAAGGUAGAGCUGUAGAAUUUUAAAUCUUUAAAAGCAGCUGCAUUAUUACACACCCUGAUGUAAGCAUUACAUUUAAACAUAGAGGUUGUUAAGACAGUGAGGUGGAGUCAAUGUUGACAAAAUGUACCUACAAGUUUAAUGUAUCUUCAGUAUUUAAACAACACAGAAACUUCAUUAUUGAUUUAAUUUUUAAGCAUUUCAUGUGUAUUCAUGCUAAUUGUCCAAAAGUUUGAUUAUGACUAAUGCCAGGGGUGUUAAAAUCCAUUCCUGGAGCGCUGUGUUUUGUACUUUCCCCAGUUUGAAAAAUUAAAUUAUCCCUAUGAUUUCUAUGAUAUUCACUUUAAAUCCUUUCACAGUUCCCUGCCUUCAUUUGCAGAUAUUAAUAAUGAACACUAUAAAUUAAUUGGAGGAAAUUAAACAUGCGGGACUUGGCUGCGGUGAAGCUGCAUUUACACAGUCCUCCAGGAACCAACACUCCUGCGUCACAUAAACAAAUGUUUUUUUUUUUUUUUUUAAAGAAAGCUUUUUGCUUUUAUCUAUUAUGAUUGUGAUGCAUGUAUCGCACCUCAUUUCAUGUACAGGGCAUCUGCGUUUGCCUUUU